UUCCAGUUUCCCCUUUCGAGGGGUUUGAAUUGCUUAUAAAUACCCUCUGCAUCUGAGAGCACACGAGACGAUCUCCAUCUCCUUUGGCUUUGCCGUUCUGCAGUGCUCCCUGUCAGGCUUGGCCAGGAACCAUGAGGCUCUGGGUCUGCAUCGCGUUGCUCUCCACUGUUCUGUGUGCAAGUGCUGAGAGACCAAGGAUAGUCCAAGGAAUGAUCCGAGCUGGGCAAUUUGUCCGGGAUGCAGCGGGAGGGACGAGGGAUAUGUACAGAGCAUACAAGGACAUGCGUGAAGCAAAUUACAGAGGAGCCGACAAGUAUUUCCAUGCCCGUGGGAAUUAUGAUGCUGCCCGCAGAGGACCUGGGGGCGCUUGGGCAGCGAGAGUGAUCAGCGACGCCCGGGAGAACUGGCAGAGCCGUGUGAGCGGCAGAGGCGCCGAGGACACCCGGGCGGACCAGGAGGCGAACCGGUGGGGCCGGAGCGGCGGGGACCCGAACCGCUACCGGCCCAGGGGGCUGCCCAGCAAAUACUACACACGAGACGAUCUCCAUCUCCUUUGGCUUUGCCGUUCUGCAGUGGCUUGGCCAGGAACCAUGAGGCUCUGGGUCUGCAUCGCGUUGCUCUCCACUGUUCUGUGUGCAAGUGCUGAGAGACCAAGGAUAGUCCAAGGAAUGAUCCGAGCUGGGCAAUUUGUCCGGGAUGCAGCGGGAGGGACGAGGGAUAUGUACAGAGCAUACAAGGACAUGCGUGAAGCAAAUUACAGAGGAGCCGACAAGUAUUUCCAUGCCCGUGGGAAUUAUGAUGCUGCCCGCAGAGGACCUGGGGGCGCUUGGGCAGCGAGAGUGAUCAGCGACGCCCGGGAGAACUGGCAGAGCCGUGUGAGCGGCAGAGGCGCCGAGGACACCCGGGCGGACCAGGAGGCGAACCGGUGGGGCCGGAGCGGCGGGGACCCGAACCGCUACCGGCCCAGGGGGCUGCCCAGCAAAUACUAGCGCUGUACUCCGCCCCUGGCACACCUGUCUUUGUACAGCCGAAUAAAGAGAUCCUCCC